AUGUCGUCCUUAAAGAAAUCAAGGAAAGCCAGAAAUAUAAUUGAUAACAUUUUCCAUAACUAUCCAAAACUGCCAAAAUUUGGCUUAGCAGAAGAAAAUCUGCCGUUUCAGAUUGGGAAAAAAAUUUCAAUGAAUGAAUAUAAUACGUUUCUUGAUCGCAACGAAUCGUCCGGAUACAAAUUUUCUUGGGAAAACGGAGACGUUUAUAUCGUUGAUAUGGCCAACCCAGAACACGAAGCUGUUGUUAGUUUGCUUCAGGAUUAUUUCAAAAUCCCUAAUGAUGGUGUGUUUAUUGAUCCUCCAAUAAAAGUUUUAGGCCAACCAUUCCAUUGGGAUCCAUCUAAUAACUUAAAGAAAUUAGCAGCGGACGUUACAAUUCACCCAAAUGUGGCAUAUGUUUCACGUCCUGCUGUUCGACAUCCUGGACCUCCCCCUAGCGAUAUAAAGGGAAAUCCACACGGACGAAUAUUUUGUGAAAUAGCGUCAGCUGUGGAUACAGCUUCAUGGAUUAAAAAAUGUGAGAAUUGGAUGCUCGAACAAUACGUGCGAUAUGUUUUCGGUAUAAAGCUUCAUGAUAAAAGAAGAACAAAUGACCGUUCUAUGACAGCAAGGCUGUGGACACGCCAAAUACCAGCACCACUAGGAUGUAUAGCACCAACAAAUCCAGCUUUAGUAGCAGCAGGGGUUUCUGUCCUAGAGUGGGACUUUGGUACCUUACAACUUAAUAGUAAUCAGGCUACCGGUUGUAAUGCUCCAAAUAAUCAUCAAUAUCAAGUUACAAUUCCAGUGUCGGAAGUUUUCUGGGACCCACCGGUCGCACCAGUCACACCAUAUGUAGCAACAAUUCCUGCUACAGCUACAGUUGCUGUUAAUAAUUUCGUUAUCGAUUUAUACAGAAUCCAGCGUGAG